UGUCAACGUCACAGUUCUGCGCGGUUUGCAGCUGCGGUGAGGAACCGAAAUGGCGACGUCCAAGGUGAAGCAGGACAUGCCUCCUCCGGGGGGCUACGGUUCCUUUGACUACAAGAGGAAUCUCCCGAAGAGAGGGCUUUCCGGGUAUAGCAUGUUUGGUAUUGGUAUCGGGGCCCUGCUUUUCGGUUACUGGCGACUCUUCAAGUGGAACAGGGAGAGACGGCGGCUGCUGAUCGAGGAGCUGGAGGCUCGGAUCGCGCUGCUGCCUCUGCUGCAGGCCGAGCACGACCGCAGGACGUUGCGGAUGCUGCGAGAAAAUCUGGAGGAGGAAGCCAAAGUCAUGAAGGACGUUCCCAACUGGAAGGUAGGAGAGAAUGUGUUCCACACAGACCGCUGGGUCACCCCCAUCACAGAGGAACUUUACAACCUCCGGCCACAGGAGGAGCUGUUGCACAAGAAGUUUGGUUUCCAGUGGUACGUGUAGGUCUGUCCCCCCUCCGAGGUCGUCUCCGUCGCUGCUCCUGGCCCUGCUGUAGUGGAGGACCCUGGGAUUGCAGUCGCCCUGCUGUCAACGCGUCUUGUAAAUGUUAAAUAUUAAAAAUACCUUUUCUCUGCUUCCAAAAAAAAUCUUCACUUGGGUGUC